UUGAUAAUGGUUAGUGCUGUUCGCGUGUACACCGAUUAACCUAUUUCGUUAACAUUUCCCACUUUGCAGUGAUCGCUGUCUGAUGUCGAUACUGAAGGUAUUAUUUCUGAAGUACGUACAUCUUAUACUUGAUUCCAACAAUCUUAACGAAAUUAAUAAAAACAUUACUAGUUUUCAAAACAUUUCACAUUUUUUUUAAAUUUAUCCUUGGCGGUUUGGACUUCAUGAAGAUGCAUAAUAAAGAUAUGAUCAAAUCUAGUUGGGCUGAUCAAGUAGAAGACCAAUCGGAGAAAACAACCUUACCUCAACCAAAAGUCGAACAACAUGGCAAUUCUAAAAUUAUUACUGAAUAUCGUUGGAACAAAGAUGAUAAAAAAGAAAAGGUAGUUCGAACAUAUAAAAUCGAACGACGAUUAGUGUCCAAAACAAUAGCUGAACGUAAAACAUGGCCUAAGUUUGGAGAUUCACGUAAUGAUAAACCUGGACCAAAUACAUCUACAACAAUUCCAGCCGAAGAAAUACAAAUGCAAUUUAUGUCUGGAAAGGAUGGUGAUAAGGUCGAAGAAAACCCAUUAGACAAAUUGAAGAAUGUAAAUAUGAACAUUAAAUGUCGAAAUUGUGGAGGAGAGCAUUGGUCCUUUUCAUGUCAUCUCAAAGGUACAGGUUUGGUAAUAGAGGAUAAAAAAUUGGUUCCAGAAAAAGUAAUAGAACCUGAGAAAAACACUAGCACCAAUAGACCAUAUAUUCCACCAUCCGCAAGAGAAGGAGCUACCAAUACAGCUGGAAAACGAGAUCCAUACGGACGGGGUUAUGAUGAAGUACCAGCCAUCCGUAUUGAAAAUCUGUCUGAGAGUACAUCUGAAGCUGAUUUGAGUGAAUUAGUUAGCAAAUUCGGUCAAGUUGCUAGAAUUUUCUUAGCUUCUAAUAAAAUCACUGGUGCUUGCAAAGGAUAUGCAUUUGUUAACUUCAAAGCCAAAGUGGAUGCUGAACGUGCAAUCAAGGGAUUGCACGGUUACGGAUAUGAUCAUCUAAUUUUAAAUGUUGGGUGGUCCACUAAUAAUUAUAAUAAGACUAGUUACUAAAUUAUUAUAAUUUGUUAAAAAAA